UCGAGGAAGUACUUGUGGCCAAGGACGAGGAGAGUUGUCCUCUUCCAUCGCCGGAUACUUGUACAUUGUAAAAGGCGGGAAACAGGGGUGAGAUAUCUGCAGCUGAAGGAGGAGGAGGAGGAGGAGGAGAAGAUUAACGAAAGUCAGCAACUUUAUUAGAACAGGAGAUAGAUUGACGGCGGGGACCACCAACCGGAAGUGUGUACCCGGAAGUGUGUACUGCGACCACCACCCAGCUCGGCUGCCUGGAGACGGGGUUCGCUGUCCCAUGUAUCUCAACACCGCAGACGUCUGUUUGUUUUUUCCUGAAUAUGGAGAGAGAUGACAGUAGGUUGGAAGCGGCGGCGUGGGAUGGUCAACACAUUUUUGACCGUGUCGGAUACUGAGGAGUUUUGAAAUGGCGGGAAGUAAAGCUGGUGCAGCACACCUUUGGAGGGAGAAGGGUUUUGGACCGGUGGAGAAGCUGAUGAGGGAGGAAGCACUUGAACAAGGUGUAGGUGUGUCAUCGAUCAGCUAGAAAGCGUCUGUCUGGGAAAAGAAGCACGGGCAGGGGCGCAAUUGUAAUCGUCGUCGGGACAGUAAAAAAGAGCAAAUUUAGAGGGUUAACACAUAGAAAGUCCGAGCGGGAGGGAAGGUAAACGACCACGGCCACGACCACGGUCACGGUCGCGAACGAGGUAGAAGACGUCUGAGACGUGCUUGUGAAGGGCGAGCAAGGGACUGCGAGACGAGCGUUUACCCAAUCGCAGAACUCUGCGGCAAUCUCUAAUUACUGUAAUCACUGAAAUAGGAUUGAUUGAACGCAAGUGCGGCCAAUCGUGUGUGUAUGCGCAAGACUUAGUGGGAUCCGAACAAAAGUAGAGCACAAGCAACUUUUGCUUGUUUCGGAUUUUGAUUGGAAGUUCUAUUCGGCCUUGUUAGGAUGGGAAAUUCUAAGAGCAAACCGACUAUAGAUAGAUACAAGGACAAGGUGGAGCCGGAGGCAGUGUUCGCCCCCCCCCCCCCCGCUUCACCGUCUUCUUCGGGGCAGUUAUCGGAUGCCGACGGGUUGAUAAUGAAUGGGCCGCUCUCGAGUACAAAGGUGAGGGAGUUCAGCGUGCAAGAGAUCACGAAGAUGACCAGGCAGAGAUGGGACAAGAUUGGUAGCGGCGGAUUUGGCCCCGUGUACAAGGGUGUGAUUAAGUCGUCGGACCGCACGCAAUGGGUCGCGGUGAAGUUUCUGUCCGAGAGUUCUAAACAAGGCUUCCGCGAGCUCGUUCAGGAGAUCAAGGUCCUCCCUAACAUUCAUCACCGCCACCUGGUCUCGUUGAUUGGCUUUUGCAAUGAUGACAAUUGCCGGGCUGUCGUCUACGAGUUCGUGCCAAACGGGACAUUGAGUGAUCAUCUGCACGGGGGGACCAAAGGGAACCAAUCUGUCACCCCAUUGCCGUGGAGGAAGCGGCUGGCAAUCGCUUUGGAAGUCGGCCUCGCUCUCAGCUACCUUCAUCUGGGAAUCACGCCAGCCGUCGUUCACCGCGACAUCAAGCCGUCCAACGUGUUGAUGGAUCUCAGAAUGCAUGCCAAGCUGGGGGAUUUCGGGUUGUCGCGGUUGUUCGCGAAUGAAGAGUACACCCACCUCACCACGGGUGUCAAGGGGACCAUCGGAUACCUGGAUCCGGAGUACCAUAAGACUCAGAGGAUGACGGACAAGACGGAUGUGUACAGUUUCGGCGUGCUCUUGAUGGAGCUCAUCAGUGGGAGAAGGCCUGUGGGAAUAAUGGCAGGCAGUGGGCGAUUGUUCAAUCUGGUGGAGUGGGCGCGAGGUGCCAUGCAGAGAGGAGACAUUCGAUGCGUGUUGGACAAGAAGAUUGAGGAAGGAAGUUAUUGUCAACAAGCGCUGUGGAAAUUGGCGGAUGGCGCGAUGAAGUGCUGCGAGCCUCACCCAUUUAAUCGCCCGCGAAUAGACGAGAUCACAGACAUCAUACGAGAAGCCAUAAUGUUGCAAGACCAGAGCGGCGGUCGAGCGGAGGGAAUACCUCAGCGACCGGCACAUGCGCCACCUUCCGCCGCUCAAGCUGGGCCUCAGACAGGAGAAGGGAGAGGAGGAGGAGGAGCAGUACCAGUAGGCGUAGGAAGAAAUCAAGAAGCACAAGCAGGAGGAGGAAGAGGAGGAGGAGAUGGAUCUGUGGCGGACUACGGACAGCAGCCCCUGUCCUCGGGAUCAUAUGGAUCGGGAUCUGCUGGGGGGUUGCACGGACAGCGACCCCCGCGGUCAGGAUUAGAGCGGUCAAAUCAUUUUAACUAUGGAUUAGGGGGGUCGAAUCAUUAUAACUAUGUACAGGCAGGAGAGACUCGUCCUCCGCCGGAGGCAAUAGCAGCAGCAGCAGUAGCAGCAGGAGGACAAGGAGGAGAUGGGUCUGGUGAGGGGGUGCACGGACAGCAGCCCCUGUCCUCGGGAGCAUAUGGAUCGGGAUCUGCUGGGGGGUUGCACGGACAGCGACCCCCUCGGUCAGGAUUAGGGGGGUCAAAUCAUUAUUAUAACUAUGUACGGGCAGGAGAGACUCGUCCUCCGCCGGAAGCAAUAGCAGCAGGAGGACAAGGAGGAGGACAAGGAGUAGGAGAUGGAUCUGGUGGGGGGUUGCACGGACAGCAACCCCCGCACUUGGGAGGGCAUGUAUCGGGUCUUCAUCCCAUGAUACCAGGAGGAUCAGGAAGUUAUGGAGGAGGGGAAAGCCUUGUUUCUGGUUCUGGUCCGUGGCGAGUUAGUGUUCAAGAGCUGCAACAGUCAGGAUCACAUCUAUUGGAACAACGUCCCGCGCAACAAGGAGGAAACCCUAUUGCUGAUCGGCCUGUGUGGGGACCAUACUCGUGGCAGGAAGGAGGAGCAUCUUCGUUUGGUCGAACGGAUGGGGAAGGAGGAGGAGGACUAGGACCGAGAGUACAGUAUCCUCCUUACUCAGGAUCAUUCUUUCCCAGACAGGAUCCUGCGCGCCCAGCAGAGGUACAGCAGUCUCCGUACCCUAACGGUUUUGAACGCGUAGGGUCAGGAGCAGGAGGAGAAAGAGGACCUGCUCCUACUUUUCCUCCCAUUAUCACUUCUCCGCCGUCUUUCCAUUCGGCAGUGAACCCACCUUCUCCUUUUGCCGCCACGUCUCCGUACCAACCACAGGGAGCACCUGCUUCUCCCUAUCAACCUGUUCUUCCUUUCCUUCGUCCGCCUGUGGGCUGAAUAUGGCAACGCAAAAGAGGUGCCUUCCGCU